AUGGCAACACCAACACUAGACCAAUUCCUCACCGAAAUAAACCGCAUAACACUCUCCAAAGAUUCGGCACAACUAUCCCAGUACCUGGUCAUCGAACCACCCUACGCACCCUCCUACACCACCAUAAUCAACGAAUUACGAGCCACAUACCCCAAAGGCGGCGAUUCAGAUGCAGCAUUAGAGAAGAAGAUUGUCAAAGCUGUCAAAGUUAUUGAUGGGGGUGAUGAUGUGGAGGUUGCUAGUUGGAGUGCGUUUAGCAGGUUUAUGGUGUUGUACUUUGGGUUCUUGAGGGAUGUGGAUGUAGGGAAUUUGUUGGAGACUUUUGGGUUGUUGAGUGAGGUUUUGCAAAAAGCAAACUCAGCCCUCCAAAACCAAACUCACGGCACAACCAUCCUCGACACGGUGAUCUCCUACUCACGCAUGUUCGCUCGCCUCGCCAUGGGCCUCGACAAGAAACCCGAACUCAUCGCGCACCUCGCCACUACAACCUCUUCCUCCUCGGACGACUCUGGCCCACGCGAAACCCUACCCGAACGAGCAGCAAACAUCAUCCGCUACGCUUUCGUAGCCUGUCUAAACGACCGCUCUGGAUCUUCCCCCACUGGCAUCGGACCAAACGGCACUCCCCAGGGAAAGCGAAAAGGCACCUACGUGCUCGCGAACCUGUGUUUGAAGAUUUUGUUCGCGUGCCGCAAGACCAGAGGUGCAGCUCAGAUCUUCGAAAACAUCUUUGUGCUGAGUCCGCCGUUGAGUGCUUAUCCAAAGGCGCAGAGGUGUGCGUAUCUGUAUUACUUGGGCAGAUUUCUAUGGGCGAACGGGCACGCGUGGAGAGCGCAAAAGGCGCUGCAGCAAGCAUGGUUGGAAUGCCAUCCUCAGUGUUUGCAGCAAAGACGUUUGAUUCUCAUUUUCUUGAUUUCGGCAAACAUGGUUUGUGGGCGUUUUCCCUCGGAGCAGAUGUUUGCGAGACCAGAGGCCCAUGGUUUGAGAGAAAGGUUCCAGCCUUUAUGCAGGUAUAUUGCCAAAGGCGAUCUUGUGGGCUUCAGAAGGCAUUUGGAUAUUGGAUCUGAGCACUAUGCGUGGUUCUCGGGCUACAGGCUGGACUUGCAGUUGCGGAACAGAUGUGAAGUGUUUGUUUGGAGGUCCAUCUGUCGAAAGACGUUUGUUCUAUACGGAGAUCCUGGAAACCCCGAGGCUCGCAAGGCGCCGACUUUCGACUUGAAAGAUGUGCUGGCCAUCUUCCGUUGGCAGGAAACCAUCUACGCUACAUCGCCUGGAGCCUCUCAACCUGACAACUAUAUCGACCCGGACUUUGUUGGCGUGGUCGAUGAGCCAAUCGGCGAAGACGCUCUCGAUCUGCCUGACAUGAACAACAUUCAUUCUAAAAUGACGGCACUCAUCCAUCAAGGUCUGCUUGGUGGCUACAUCUCCUUUUCGAGAGAGAAAUUCGCGAUCCAAGGAGCAAAGCUCAAGGGAGCAUUGGCAGCUGGCUUCCCCAAUGCCUGGAAGACUGUAGAAGCACGUGCCGACGACGAGGUACCUGGCUGGAAGCUGGAAACCACCGGACCUGCAUUUGGCGGUGGAGUGGUGAGAUUGAGCGGAGCGCGACCUGUGGGGCUCUCUUAG